AAGUUAAAGACCCCGCUACUGCUGCGGUUUUUAGGCAUGGUGAAGCCAAAAACCAAGAUAAAAAAGGCUUUGCGAGACUAGUUAAAGAUAAUACUUACUCUGGACCUAAACGUGAUGCCAUAGGUAAUAAAGAAAUCCAAAUUGGUGUUCCCGGUGUCAAACAAAAAUCUUAUCGUUUUACUCGCUUUAUGCGGACUUAUGACAAAGCCUUUGACUUGGAUGACACUUCCCAUUUUAUUGGAAUUUUAAAGAAAAAAGGAUUAUUUGGUGGUUUUAAAGUUUUAGGCAAUGAUAAAAGGGAUUUUAUUGGUGAUGAUAUUGAAACCAUCAACCCCCACAACGGCUUCUCCCACUAUCUCAUUUUCACCAACUACACCACCCAACAAAUCAACGAAAAAUUCCUUAGCAGAAACCAAGUUAAAACCCUCCCCGAACUAGUCGCCCGCUUAAAAGGCACCUUAGUCCGAAUUGGUCCCGAUACCCUCGAAUUAAUGGACAGUCAAAAUCCAGCCCAAAAAGGUCGCUCCAAGGAUGAAACCCCCAAGACCAGAAAAACU